UUUUUCCGGGGGUUUCUGUCGAGAAAUAUUAUGAAAACAAGGAUGAAUAUCUAAUAUCGAGGUAAAAGUAGGGUCUUAAUUUCAACAAAAUAUACGAAAAAGACUAUACAAGUUUCUUCUCUAGGAGCAAAAGGGCAUUGUGCAUUUGUGCGUAACGAGUUAUACGUUCAUUUGUCGGGUACUUCGAUUUUGAUUCACUGUAAAGGGUUAGGCUUUUGCUGGUGGUGUGAUCCGUUACCUUUUCUAGGGGUUUUCUUCUUUUUUGUUUUUGAUUUCUUCCUUUUUUUGGGGUUGAAUUUAGGGUUAGGUUUCACAGAUUCUGGGAAACUUUUAAGAUCAAGUUCCUACCUCUAGAGGUUUUCUUAAGGUGAAAGUAAAAACUCGUUCGUAUUGAAGCAGUGGAGGAAUCCGUAAGAUCAAGUAAUUAAAGUGUGUAUAAAGUUGGUUGAACUAUUGAUUUCAACUUCAUAUCAUAACCAUCUGGAGAAGUUGUAGAUUGAAGGUCUUUCCCAGCACCUGCAAUUCUUUCUUGAUAAGCUACUGUUACAAAUGGCUGAAGUUUCGGAUCAAUCCAAAGAUGUGCCUGAAAACCUAUCAUCAGUGGAUAAAACAAAAGAAACUAAGACUACGAAGAAGCAGCGCAAAGGAAUCUUUUCUCGGAUAUGGAACGGACUCUUUGGAUCCCGCAAAGAUGAUUUUGAGAAGAGAUUACAAAAUAUAUCCAAGGAAGAAGCUACCGUUAUGGCGAGGAUGAAGAGGAGAACUCAAAGUUGGCGAAGGAUGGCUAGAAAUCUUAUUGUUUUCUCUGUUCUGCUUGAGGCUGUUGCAGUAGCCUAUGCAAUCAUGACGACACGAACACUGGAUUUAGAAUGGAAGACGAGAGCUAUUCGAGUUUUGCCAAUGUUUCUUUUGCCUGGCCUAACCGCUGUUAUUUACACAACUCUGGGAAGCUUCUCAAGGAUGUGCGAACGCAAGGACAAGAAAACCCUCGAGAGACUGCGUGAGGAAAGGCAAGCAAAAAUCGAUGAACUUAAAGAGAGGACAAACUAUUACAUUACCCAACAGCUCAUUCAGAGAUACGACCCUGAUCCAGCAGCAAAGGCAGCUGCUGCAUCAGUCUUGGCAUCAAAGUUGGGAGCGGAUUCGGGGUUGAAAGUGUUUUUGGGGGAUGAAUCAAAGGUUGAUCCUGCAUCAGGAAAAAGCAGAGAUGUCGAGCUUGCGCAAUCUAAAGGGCUAAGGAACCGGCAGAACAGAUCUAACAGUACUGGAACCCUUGCUUUGAAUCAAUCACUUGAGGAAGUGCCAGACAAUGUGGGUCCCACUGGCUCUGAGCCUGCAACACACAAUCAGGUGGUUGUUGAUCACCAUCCAAAUUCUACCAUACAAGACGGGGGAUGGGUUGCACGUAUUGCGGCAUUGCUUGUAGGCGAAGAUCCAACACAGUCAUAUGCCCUGAUUUGUGGCAAUUGCCAUAUGCACAAUGGGCUUGCAAGGAAAGAAGAUUUUUCUUACAUCACUUACUACUGCCCACAUUGUCAUGCUCUGAAUAAGUCAAAACAAUUGGAAGAGAGUGGUGCUUCUGCCGCCAAUUCCUCACAUGCAAGUAUUCCAGACACUCCAAACAGUGGUGAGGCCACCAUUGCCCCAACUAGCAGCAACCUCAUAAACAAGAAUUUAUCAGCCGUUGUGGAGACUCUUGCGGGCGAGAUUGAAGAGAAGGUUGCUGAGCCAGAGAGCAGUUAAUUGGAUGGAGAUUCUUGUAGUACCUACUACACAUACAUGGUUGCAUAUUGUGGGCUUUGGCAUUAUCUUUUCAACGUAUGCGUCUUUGCCAGUGAAAGAAACCGAAUCAUGUACUGGAUUAGGUCAGUUCGUGUGCUGUUAUGUUAUUUUUUUGAUUUGUUUUUGCGGUGUAAGAAAAAAAAGUAUAUGGAGAUAUAGGCAUGGACACAGAUGGUUGAUGAAACCGGAGCGACCACCGGUCUGUUUAUAAGGAACAGCAGCUCUAACAGUUGCUACUGGAAUGGACAGUUUACUAGCCUGUUUUUGCAGAUAAUGCCUUGGGGGUGUUAUUUACUAAUCUGAAGACAGACGGCAGUUGUCUUCUUAUAUGUUUUAAAAAGAGAUAAAAAGUAAAUAAUAGGCUAUACUUUUUUUGUGCAAUUUGAUUUAGGGAUUAUUCUGUUCACCAUAGAUAAUUUUCUUUCAAGUCGUGUAAGAUUAAGUACACCCCUUGUACUUCAAAUUCGACACAAGUCACAGAACUACAGUAAACAACUUAUAAUGAUAUUUCUUCUAGAGCAUC